AUGGCAACACAACAAAAGCGUCUCACAAUAGGAGUCCUCAUCCCCGACGAAGUCCAACUCCUCGACCUCUCCCCCAUCGACCUCUUCGCCAUGCUUGACCCAUCCUACAUCUCAGCCUGCAACCUCCCGGCUCCCAUCCUCGCCCUCGCCAUCCCAUCCACCAUCCACUACAUCUCGCUUUCCGCGCCCGAAGUCGCCUUAACCGCGUCUCUAGUCAUCAAAACUCCGAAAACGAUUACGGAUAAAGACGUACAACCGGGUAUGCUGGAUGUUUUGUUGGUACCGGGUCCGGCUCCUGAUGCGCAGUUCGGGGAAGAGGUAUUGGGCUUUGUGAGACGACAUGCGCGGAGUGAGGGGUGUGAUGUGCUGAGUGUUUGUACGGGGUGUAGAGUUCUUGCUGCGGCGGGAGUCUUGGAGGGGAAGAGAGCUAGUGCGCCGAGGGGGUUGGUGGGGAGGUUGAGGAAGGAGUUUGCGGGUGUGGUGUGGGAUGAUGAGAGGAGGUGGGUUAGGGAGGGGAGGAUUUGGAGUAGUGGUGGCAUCACGAAUGGUCAGGAGAUGGUAGCGGCGUAUCUGAGAUAUAAUUUCCCGAGUCCUACGACGGAGUGUGUGUUAGCGAUGGCGGAUGUGGGUGAGAAGGGGGAGUUUUAUCCCAAUGGUAAUGUUAAGGAGACUGGGUGGUGGUUGAUGCAGAUUAUCAAGGCUACAGUUUUUGGAGGUGGAAAGAGGAAAAAGCUUCUGUAG